AAGCUCGCAAGACGUAUAUUCUUACAUAUAAUAUUUCGUCAAGGUAUAUCAAAUAAUUUGAUUUUUUGCACGAUCGAUAAUUCAGAACAUGAGAGAAAUCUCAUAAGAUGGUAGGUCUCUAUUCUAUAUCUUGACUGUGGUUCUAUGAUCCAAAAGUAAAUUUCUGUUCACUUGUAAAUUUUGUUAAUAAAUUUUCUGCUUUUAAUAUUUGUAAAUAUCGAUAAGUGAAUGAAAUGCCACCUAAAAAGACACCUGCUCCUAGUAAAAAAGCGGAACAAAAGAAAAAAGAAAAAGUUAUCGAGGAUAAGACUUUUGGUAUAAAAAACAAGAAAGGUGCCAAACAACAGAAAUUUAUUCAACAAGUAGAAAAGCAAGUAAAAUCAGGUGGUGUUAAUCCACGGAAAUUAGAAGAUCCUAAUAUUAAAAAACUUGAAAGAAAAAAAUUAAAGGAGCAAAAAGAAUUAGCGCUUAUAUUUAAACCUGUGCAAUCACAAAAAAUAGAUAAAGGAACUGAUCCUAAAUCAGUAGUAUGUGCAUUCUUUAAACAAGGACAAUGUACAAAAGGUGAUAAAUGCAAAUUUUCUCAUGAUUUGAGUGUAGAGAGAAAAGCAGAAAAACGUUCAUUAUAUUGUGAUAUGAGAGAUGAUGAUAAGGAGACUGAUACAAUGGAUAAAUGGGAUGAAGAUAAAUUAAAAGAAGUUGUUGAAAAAAAGCAUGGCAGUGGUAAUCGUCCUACUACAGAUAUUAUUUGUAAACAUUUCUUAGAAGCAGUUGAAAAAUCAAAAUAUGGUUGGUUUUGGGAAUGUCCAUCAGGACAAAAAUGUAUUUAUAGGCAUGCAUUACCACCUGGUUUUGUUCUUAAAAAAGAUAAGAAGAAAGAAGAUAAAAAAGAUGAAAUUUCCUUGGAAGAUUUAAUUGAAACAGAACGAGCUAAUUUAGGACCAAAUCAAACUAAAAUAACAUUGGAGACAUUUUUGGCAUGGAAAAAAAGAAAACUAAAAGAGAAAAAAGAACAGGCAUUGAAAGAUGAAGAAAAAAGACGAAAUGAUUAUAAAGCUGGACGUCAAGUUGGUAUAUCCGGUAGAGAAAUGUUAUUCAAUCCUGAACUUGCAGCUGGAGAUGGUAUUGAUGAUGGAGAUGAAGCAAUAUCUAGUUAUGUUCGUGAGGAAGACGAAGCAGAAGAAAAAGUUGAAUAUAGAGAACUUGAUAUGGACAGACUUGCACUUGAAGCUAGUGAAAUUGAUACUUCUGGAAUAACUGUAGCUGGUGCAGAUCGAUUGAAAAAUAAUAAAAUUACAAAUGAGAAUUCCACAGUUACAAUAGGUGAAGGUGCAACUGCAUUAGCAAUUAAUGAAAAUUUGUUUAAAGAGGAAGAUUUAGAAGGUUUAGAAGAAGAAUUAGAAGAUUUAGAUUUAGAAGAGUGAUUCAUAUAUUUCUUUCCCCUUAGUGUCUUCGUUUAUCUGUAUCUUUACAAUACAUACAUUAUAAACAUUAUAUAUACAUUCAUUAAUUCAAAAUGCAAUAUCUUGUAUAUUAUUACUUACAUCUUAUAUUCUAUUUUCAAGCAAUAUACUUAUAUACAAAGUACAUGUAAAGAGCUGGUCUCGUGCAAGUAACUUGAAAUUGAAAUUAAUAUAUUUUAGUAUAAUUUA